UGCCCGGGCUGAGCUCCGUGCCGGGCCAACCGCGGGGACAGCAGCGCGUCCCCAGCCUGAGCUCGGUGCCGGGCCAGCCCUGGUGACAGCAGCGCGUCCCCAGCCUGAGCUCGGUGCCGGGCCAGCCCUGGUGACAGCAGCGCGUCCCCAGCCUGAGCUCGGUGCCGGGCCAGCCCUGGUGACAGCAGCGCGUCCCCAGCCUGAGCUCGGUGCCGGGCCAGCCCUGGUGACAGCAGCGCGUCCCCAGCCUGAGCUCGGUGCCGGGCCAGCCCUGGUGACAGCAGCGCGUCCCCAGCCUGAGCUCGGUGCCGGGCCAGCCCUGGUGACAGCAGCGCGUCCCCAGCCUGAGCUCGGUGCCGGGCCAGCCCUGGUGACAGCAGCGCGUCCCCAGCCUGAGCUCGGUGCCGGGCCAGCCCUGGUGACAGCAGCGCGUCCCCAGCCUGAGCUCGGUGCCGGGCCAGCCCUGGUGACAGCAGCGCGUCCCCAGCCUGAGCUCGGUGCCGGGCCAGCCCUGGUGACAGCAGCGCGUCCCCAGCCUGAGCUCGGUGCCGGGCCAGCCCUGGUGACAGCAGCGCGUCCCCAGCCUGAGCUCGGUGCCGGGCCAGCCCUGGUGACAGCAGCGCGUCCCCAGCCUGAGCUCGGUGCCGGGCCAGCCCUGGUGACAGCAGCGCGUCCCCAGCCUGAGCUCGGUGCCGGGCCAGCCCUGGUGACAGCAGCGCGUCCCCAGCCUGAGCUCGGUGCCGGGCCAGCCCUGGUGACAGCAGCGCGUCCCCAGCCUGAGCUCGGUGCCGGGCCAGCCCUGGUGACAGCAGCGCGUCCCCAGCCUGAGCUCGGUGCCGGGCCAGCCCUGGUGACAGCAGCGCGUCCCCAGCCUGAGCUCGGUGCCGGGCCAGCCCUGGUGACAGCAGCCAUCCGUGCCAUCCCCGCGAUGCUGCGGCUGCUGCUGCUGCUGAGCGGGGCGCUGGGCUGCGGGGCAGAGCAGGCAGCCCCGCUCGCCUUCACCAUGCUCCAGCUGACCCGCGUCUACAUGGGCAAUUCUAUGUUCCGGGGCAACGCCAGCCUGAAUGGGCAGCUCAGCCAUCUCCUGGACGAGAAUAAUGUCACCCAGGUGCUCCCGCUGGAGCCUCCGGACGCCUGGGCCCGGCGGCAGAACGAGGUGAUCACCUACCUGAGGAACUUCAGGCAGCUGGUGAAGCUCUUCAACAAGGAGAGACCCACCAAAUUCACCCAGCACCUGCGCUGCCACCUCGGCUGCCGCCUCUACCCCAACGGCACAGCCCAGAGCUUCUACGAGGUGACCCUCAACAGGACAGCGUUCCUCAGCUUCCACGUCCCCAACGCCACCUGGGAGCGGCGCUGGCCCGGAGAGCUCCCGGUGGCCGCCUUCGCCCAGGAGCAGCUGAUGAAAUACCCCGUAACCACCCAGGACCUGCAGUAUUUCCUCAACACCACCUGUGUCAGCAUCCUGCAGGCUCAGAGCACCAGGACAGGAAAAGUCAGCGGCCGAUCACGCGCUCCGCUGGUACUGGGGCUGGUCCUGGGAAGCCUGGCCCUGCUGGGCAUGGCCCUGGGCAUCUUCCUGUGCACAGGAGGAAGCUGCUAGCGUGGGCAGCCAUCCCAUGUCACCCCACGGACACAGGGGACAAACCCAUCAUCUUCCCGUGCAUCCGUUGCCACCCUCUGGAGGCAGGGGACAGACCCAUCAUCUCCCUGCAGAGUCAGAGGAUGGAUCCAUCAUCUUCCCAAGGGUCCAGCAACUCUCCAUGGAUCCAUCAUCACCCUGGGGAGGCAGGGGCUGGAUCCAUCAUCCCUGCACAGAGGCAGAGGAUGGAUCCCUCAUCCUCCCAUGGAGGCAGGGACCAAGCCCAUCCCUCACAAGGGAUGCAAGUCCCUUGUGCCACAGACUUUGCUCCCCAAGGACACCAAGUGGCUUCCCUGUUCCAGCCAACUGGCCCCUCCAGCAGCCCUGUGGACAGUCCUCAUGCUGGGCAGUGCACUGACACUCCACACAGAAACGCUGGGCAUGGGUGGAAAAAUGGUGGGGGGAGCAGCAUGGGGGGAAAGCAGCAGGAGAAACAACCAUGGAAUGGUUGAAAGGAAGGUGUUAAACCCUCAUUUCUCCCUGUUCCAGUGGGGAUGGAGGGAGGUUGUCACCCCUUGUAUAAUAAAACCACCCAUCAGCUCUCACCACACCUAUGGCUGCUC